AUGGACUCAUUAAAAGAUGUUGUUAGAGCAGACCUAGAGAGAAGAGGCUGGGAGGUAAAAGAUGGUAUUUUGUAUGGUGGAGACUUUUUAUUGUAUAAGGGAUCAACAGAAGGGCAUACCCAUGCUGAGUUUAUAGUUAAGUUAUAUGAGAAAUUGCCGACAUAUCAAGAAAUUUUGGGAUCAGUCCGUGUAGCGACUCAAGUGAAAAAGGUUUAUUUUACGUAG